CACUUAAACUCUGUAGAUUAAAGUUAAUAGUAAUCAAAACUAAUUUCACCACGAAAGGAAGUGCAAUCGAAAUGAAUGAAGAAGACAAGGUAAUUCUAGUGAGUUAAUAAAAUGACAAGGUGUUGCCUGUCAGCGUUGUAGACUACUGCCUCACAAGCCCGGGCUUUAGUGGCACUGGCAUACGCGCUUGCCUCUGCACUGAAGGAGCCACCGAACGCGGCCGCGUUGCAGCUCUCACUUUCUCCCGCUGCAGUAUGUCCUACAAUGACAUAUUUGGUGGGGAUUGGCAGCCAACAAUAGGAUUGGAUUGGGACUAAAUCAAAGAAUACAACGAUAUUGAAAUGAAUAUUAUUAACAAAUAUUUCCCAGAAGAUUUUGGGUUCAACCUAAGGCUGACUAGGACAGAUCAAUCAACUUGAUCCGACACAGUAAGCCUACAUGUCAUACGUAGCACAGAGGGAGGAUGGUGAUCCUCAGAGGGAAGGAAAGGAAGUUGUUGAGGAAGAACCGGUGGCCACGCCCAAAGAGGAGGCCAAGAAGGGAAGGAAGGCAAAAAGUAAGAGGAGUGGCAAGAUGUCAAGGAAGCUGGGCACUGACAACGAUGCAGUCUCCAGGAAUAAACACCUGGAUAGAGGAUCUGUAAUUGAGCUCCUGGAGAAGAAAGCUGUUAAGGCUGCAUUCGGCCCAGGCAACAAGGAUGAGAUGGAAUACUCCUACCCAAUCCUCAUCUCAUUCCUGCGCAAUCUUACUGAUGAGCAGUGGCAAGUGAUCUACAAAGGACUAAAAAACCCUAUGACGAAGGAACAGCUUGCCAAAUUGUGCAAGACAAUUGUAACCUUCAUCGCACAGACCACCCUGCAGAUCCUGCUGCCAGCCCUGGUCCGCGUACUUGGGGUAAAGGACUUUGCUGACGACGACACUGACUCACCCAAGAGGGGUGGCAGUGCAAGAUCCUUUGCUGCCUUUGAUCAGGAAAGACUGGAGCUCAUCCAGGAAGUUAGAUAUCUGGCGAAGGAAAUGUAUAAGGGCGGCACAGGGGCUCAACAUCUCAGGUCCCUAACACCCUCUUCUAAGAGUUCCCAGACCUCAGUGAAAGUCCUCCUGGGAAUGACAGAGGACAGAAUCAUCAAAAGUGUCCAGGAGCAACUGUCUGAUCAUAAUAUCCUGUCCUCUUGCCCACCUGAGCUGACUGUUGGUCUUAUCAAGGUGGUGGUCGAACAGCUUAACUCUGCCCUCUCUGCGACCAUCAGCAGAGCCAUUUCAGGGCGGUCCUCCCCUAUUUCUUCUGGUACCCAGGCCGCCAAACAAAUGGUCAACAUGGUCCAGAAAUGUUUUGAUGAUCACACCACCCCAGAGGACCAGAGCUCUACCUCUGUAUUAGAGUCAUGCAUUCCACCUGCAACAGAAGAAGUGAUGACUGUUAUCGCAGAGAUGAGGAGCUGA